UCAAUCGCACAGUCCAAAGAACCUCUAGACAUCUUAUACAUCACAAUCAAAAUGCCCAUCGACAUCGUUGCCAUCAUCACGCCCAAAGCCGGCAAAGCCGACCGCGUCGAGGAGCUCCUCGUCGCCGCAGCAAAGGCUGUCAAAGCCAACGAGCCAGGCACGCUGCGGUACCACCUGCAGCGCGAGACGAAGGGCGACACUCCCGUCUUCGUAAUGCUGGAGACGUACAAAGACCAGGCAUCCAUCGGCGCGCACGCCAAAUCGCCAGACUUCAAGGCGAUGGGCAAGACGAUGAUGAGCGAGGAUCUGCUUGCUGAGCCGAUGAGGAUUAUAGUGACUAAGGAGGUUGGGGGGUACGCGAGUAAGCUGUAGAGGUUGUUAGAUUCAGCAUGUGGGAUCUGGCGUCGGAGUGUAAGCCGUGGGAAGUCGGAGGAUGUCGGCGCUUGGAAGCUGAUGCGAUUGAUGUAAGCGGAGAGCGCUUGGAUGGCCAAUGAGAGUGGGAUGCAUGAAGAUGUUCGGCUGGGAUGCACGUUUGUGGAGACCUCCAUGUCCUUGUACCUUAUGCGUACAGCGAUGCAGGGGAAGUCGCACAACAACAGUUACACAGCAACUUUCAAGACGCAUACUUGCAUACACGCAAGUGUAAAAUCUACGUACUGAUUGGAGGUGUUGUGCAAAACGAUCUCGUUUGAAUUUUGAC